ACGUUGCAGCUCUCGUUCAUAACAAUUAGCUGAAUAUUUUAAGGGUUAUCAAUUCUAUUGAAACUAUAGCCGCGUCUUUAGGCAAAAUGCAGCACAGUCCACUAUUCUCGUUUCAAUAGAUGCUGCCUGGCCCGUUGAGUUGCUCCAGCAUUUUGUGUGUGUUGCUUUGGAUUUUCAGCAUCUGCAGACUUUCUCGUGUUAAAAAAUAUAACCUUCCUAUCUCGGGCCGGAAAUUCAUUUCGCGUGGGGUUGAGGGAGAUGAGGGUCACCUUAGAGCACGCGUUUUAUUCAAUAUGCCUGCAUAAGGAUUUUUUUAUUUCGCUAAAUCGGCUUGUUUUAUUUCAGGAGAGUGCAAUUUGCUGGGAAUUUGGUUUCAUCUCACCCGGCUUUCUAACCUACAGGACGUCAGCUCAGUGACAGUGGGGAGGGGGUGUUGGGAGGUGGAGAUUGCAUUGAAUUUGCGGAAGUAGGUGUGGUUUUAAAACACACGCAUGUAUAUACAUAACCUGCUAGGGUAUUUGAUGAAGGUUUUGUUUUUGCGCGUGUAUUGCUCGGUCCCGGGACGCGGGCAGAGGCGGCAGACAAGGAUGGAAAGGGCUGGCGGAGGUGGAUAAAUAGUUAAUACAAUAAUCAGGCAGCAGUAACACUCACUCACACACAGAGACACAGCGACAGACAGAGAGAGACACACACACACACGGAGGAAGAGCGGGCAGUGUGCGGCAGUUCGACGGGGAUGAACCCGCAGGCUUCGGCUAGCUUCGUGCUGCUGCACGUUGUGGCACCGGAGCUCCAGGAGGGAGAGGCGGCGGUGGCUGUGGGCUCGGGACUGGGGCUAAAGCCGUUGUCCUUCGAUGCGAGCCGGCGGCCGACCAGGUUGCUGCAGGAUGCCGCCUGCGGGCUGCGGCACCUGGAACUGCCCGCCGCCAAGGGCUCGCGGCCACAGCUGAUGGUUUUCGGCGAGCCGGAGCUGGAGCUGGAACCAGAGCCGCCCGCUGUUGCCCGGGCGACAGGCGGCGGCGGGGUGGAGCGGCCCAAGCGGGCGACCUCGCCCCGUCUCUGCCCGCGCCACCGCCGCUGCUCUGGCCGGGCCCGCAGCCGGCGCGACGAACGGGUUUCCGACCUGGCUCGGGACUUUGGCGACUUCACGGUCGGGCCAGGCCGGGAGGAGUGCCCCGCCGAGCCGGGAGGCGAGGGUUCGGCGGCGCCCCGGCCUCCCGCCGAGGAGACCAGCGAUGCGGUGUUGGUGCUGGGCGCGAUGGACGAAGCCGGUACCGAACUGGAGGCCGAGGCUGGGCCCGGAGCUGACUGUCCCCUGCGCAUCCUGUGCCGGAGCCUGGGCGAGGAACCACCCGCCGCCUGCCUGCUUCACCGGGAGCCGCAGCUCGGCCCGCCUUCACCCUCCUCCGCCAGCCCACACCAGACCGAAGACCCACCGGCCGGCCGCUCGCGCAAGACCUCGCUGAGGAGCCGCCUCACCAAACUGUUCAGAGCCCGGAGCUGCAACGGAGCGCCCGAGCCCGGAGCCAAGCGACACUCGGUGCAGCUGCAAGGCCCGGUGGACGGGACCGCGCCGCCGGAGGGCCCAGACACCAGCAAACCCAGACUGACUCGGACGCAAAGUGCCUUCACUCCUGUGUCUUUAGCACCACCUUUCACAGGAGAAACUGUGUCACUAGUCGACCUGGAUAUUUCUCGCCGUGGGCUGCCAUCCCCUCAUCCUCCAACACCACCACCCCCUCCGCGCAGAAGCCUCAGCCUUCUAGAUGAUAUUGGUGGGCCUCAGCCUCCGUCAUACCCAGUCAGCCCGGCUACCACCAGCUUACAGUCAUUACCGCUGCCGCCUCCACCUCCGCCUCACACAUCCAUCCAGCUCAAUCUCAUCUUGAGCGACACUUCACAGAGGAACUUGCCCCAGAUUGGACCCAUGUCUCUGCAACCUCAGCACUGCCCAUUGACCAGGAGAGACUCCAGUAGCUUCGCUGCCAGUUUACGGGAACUUGAGAAGUGCGGCUGGUAUUGGGGCCCGAUGAACUGGGACGAUGCAGAAAUGAAGUUGAAAGGAAAACCAGAUGGUUCAUUCCUGGUGAGGGACAGUUCCGACCCCCGCUACAUCCUCAGUCUCAGCUUCCGCUCCCAGGGGAUCACCCACCACACCAGGAUGGAGCACUAUCGAGGUACCUUCAGCUUAUGGUGCCACCCCAAGUUUGAAGACCGCUGCCAGUCCGUGGUAGAGUUCAUCGAGAGAGCCAUUAUGCAUUCUAAGAACGGAAAAUUCCUCUACUUUCUGCGUUCCCGAGUUCCUGGUCUCCCUCCAACGCCGGUGCAGCUCCUCUACCCGGUCUCUCGCUUCAGCAACGUGAAGUCUCUGCAGCACCUGUGCCGAUUCCGGAUCCGGCAGCUCGUCCGCAUCGACCAUAUCCCUGAUCUGCCACUGCCAAAGCCCCUCAUCUCGUACCUGCGCAAGUUCUACUACUACGACCCUGAGGAGGAGACGUACCUUUCUCUGAGGGAAGCUCGCCUCAGUGUGGCCCCAGAACAGGACAUGGACACCCAGACGUAGCCGGUCGCGAGUCUCUGCUUGAAUCGUCUACAGUUGCAUCCUGACUGUGGGCAGUGGGGACAGCAAAGUCUGACGGGAUCACUUCGCCAGGACUGAGGGGGGGGCUCGUCGAUUUUUUUCCCCAGAAACGCUCCUUAUUCCCGAUGCUAACGUAUACCCAUCGUAAGGGGCUGGUGGUGUGGAUCAGAGGGGCCGGAUUGUGACCAGACGGUGAAGACAGAGAAGGACAAUCAAGAGUUUGAUAUUGGAAUUUGCACUUUCUACCAAGAAAGACGGCCAUUAGUAGCUAACAGCAUUAUUCUGGAGGGGGAGACAGUGUACCAGAGACACUCACAUUGCUGCAAUUCCUGAUCUGGAGUGAAUGCCUGGCUUAUAUUGCACAAUAUAUUUGUUUGGAAUUAAACUACUGGUUGUAUUUGCAAGCUAUUUAGCUUCAUAAUUUAAGGAAAUCAUUUAUAACUCCUUUAUCUGGCUGGAUUCCUAUUUCCCAGAAGAGAUUUUAUCCCUGUAACUUGUACUCCGUGGCCACUUUAUUAGGUACACCAGCUCGUUUAUGCAAAUAUCUAACGAGCCAAUCAUGUAGCAGCAACUCGAUGCAUAAAAACAUGCCGACAUGGUCAAGAGGUUCAGUUGUUGUUCAGACCAAACAUCAGAAUUGGGAUGAAAUGUGAUCGAAGUGACAUUGACCGUGGAAUGAUUGUUGGUGCCAGAUGGGAUGGUUUGAGUAUCACAGAAACUGCUGAUCUCCUGGGAUUUAGAGUUUAGAGAAUGGUGUGAAAAACAAAAAAAAACGCCCAGUGAGUGGCAGUUCUGUGAAUGAAAUCGCCUCGUUAAUGAGAGAGGUCAGAGGAGAACGGCAAGACUGGUUCAAGCUGACAGAAGUGUGAAAGUAACUCAAAGAACCCCGAGUUACGACAGUGGUGUGCACGAGAGCAUCUCCGAACGCACAACACAUCGAACUUUGGAGUGGUUGGGCUGCAGCAGCGGAAGACCACAUGGGGUUCCAUUCCUGUACCUAAUAAAGUUGCCAGUGUAUUAGUUUGGAAUUAAACUUCUGGCUGUAUUUGCAGGCUUGGUCAUUUAAGGAAAUAAUUUGUCUGGCUAGAUCUCAGUUAUGUUGCGGAGCUUAUCCCUGUAACAUACCUGAUAGAGUAAAUGCAAGCAUUAACGCAGAUGCAGACCCACAGAUGAGGUUUUGGGUAGAAUUCCCGAGUUCUGGUUUCUACCUGUGACCAUUCAUGCUGCCCACCCCCCUUCAAUCCCUAUUGGUCACUUGGCACAUCUAUCCACACAUACAGCUAAUUAGAGAAUAGGACUGUUGGGCAAUAGGAUGAUUUUCUGAUGCAAGUUAAAAGGGCUUUAUUUUUAACCAGACCUACAAUCUUCUGUUAGAGGAAGUGUUCCAGUCAAAACAAAAGUGAAAUACAUCUGUUUUGAGAUUUUUGAGUUCCAAAGUUUUUCACCAGAGUUUAGAAGACCCUGGGCAUUAACCCCAGGAGACUCCAGGAUAUUGCUGGAGCGUCCAUCACCCCAUGGUAACUCUGACAGCACUAAGUUCACAGUGAACCUACCAAAUCAGCUCAUGUUUCUCUCCUCUCCCGGCAAUUAUAGAAUUCCAGCAACCUUUUUGAAAAUUUUACAAUCAGUCAGAGUGACAACAAAGCUUUUCGUGCUGAACUGUGUAAAUCCAGCCCCAAACAUCAUCUGUCACUUCUCAGAUAACUGGACCUAUAGCUGUCUGUUGCGUGCUUUCAAGAUUUAAAGAUUCAGAUUUAUUUAUUACUGACAGUACUAUACAAAAGUCUUAGGCACAUGUAAAAUAUACUGUAAAUCAACAAUGCUUUCAAAAUAAUGAAAUAUUUCUAAAUAUAAGAUGUACUAUAAAGAGCAGUAAAUUCUAAAAAACUAAAUCAAUUCAAUAUUUGGUGUGACCACCCUCAACCUUUAAAACUGCAUCAGUUCUCUUAGGUACACUGUUGUGUAGUUCUAUUAAAAAAAUUGGCCGGUAGGUUGUUCCAAGCAUCUUGGAGAACUUGCCACAGUUCUUCAGCAGACUCUGGCUGUCUCGCUUGCUUUGUCUCUCCAGAUAAUCCCAGACAGCCUCGAUAAAAGAAAUAUGGAUAAAUACAUGGAUGGGAGGGGUAUGAGACUAGGCAAAUUAGUAGUUUGGCAUGGAUGAGAUGGGCCAAAGGGCCUGUUUUGUACUAUGGUGCUCUCUAACUGGUAGAUUUCCAAGAUUCUCAACCCUUUGAGUGAAUACAUUUCUCCUCAUCUCAUCCCUAAUGUGUCAUCAUAAGACACUGAACCCAUGCUCUGGAAGACUCUCUCCACGGGUCACCAACUCAGCGGCUUCUCUGGCCUGUGGGAAUGCCCAGUCUUCCUGAAUUAUCCUGGAAUCGAUUGGAAUUAAAGUCAAAACCCCCAAACAAUGAGCUGCUCCUGGGGUUAAAACCAUAUUUAAUCCUUUCUAUUUUCAGUCUAUAAAUAAGAGGCUUCUGAAUGUGGUGCCUUCAUUUCACAGUGAAGUUCUGCGGUUGCAUCAUGCUGAGUAGGGUCCAACUUGCACCCAAGAGUGUAGAUCUAUGACACUGUCCCAUAGAAGGUCUGUGCUGUGAUCUGUAGGGAUUGAAGAUUAGUCUGACAAUGUUCCACCAAUCAGCACAUUUAAAUCUCUUCAGCCUAAUGCCAAUUCCUGUAAAGGAACAUAACCCUGUCCAAACUCUCAGAAUUCAGUACACUGUGUACUAAUCUCAUCCACAUAUCUAGCCACCCAGUGAUGCUGUUGCACUGACUUGAUUGAUUACCUCACAUCAUUCAUUCAUUAUGUGCUAUGUCGUAUGAUAUGGGCGAUCAUGGUUUCCAUGACCAUGAUUAUCCUUGGCAAUUUUUUCUACAGAAGUGGUUUGCCAUUGCCACCUUCUGGGCAGUGUCUUUACAAGAUGGGUGACCAGCCAUUAUCAGAGAUUGUUUGCCUGGUGUCAGUGUCAGUGCACCGGCUGCUCAUACGACCAUCCACCACCUGCCCCCAUGGUUUCACGUCACCCUGAUCCGGGUGCUGAGCAGGUGAUACACCUUGCCCAAGGAUGACCCGCAGGCUAGCGCAGAGAAGGAGCGUCUCACAUCUUCUUUGGUUAGAGACGUAUCUCCAUCCCUGCCACCCGAAUAUCACACAUCAAAACAAUUGUUUACAGGCGACCACUUACAGCGAAGUGGGGGUAGGUUACAUUCCGCAGCACGCGGUCUGCAUCCGAUUUUCUCUAAAAUAAAUCAGGUUUCUUGGACACAUGCUGGUAAUCUGAUUUUUUGGAAGGGGGGGAAUAAGCUUUAUUAAUUUACCACACAUUCGGCGGGGGAGAAUUUUAUUUAAUAUCUCAAAUUCCUGGAUAAUGGAUUUGUAAAAUUAGUAAGGGCAAUUUUCUGUUACACCAACAGUCAUUCCACAAGCUUGCCUGGACAACUUCUGCAUUUUAAAUAAAGUCUACCCCUCAGGUUGAUUUAGUGGCUAUCUUAAACCUGUGCCUUCUGGUCAGAGGCAGUGCAAAGAUUCCUGCAAUCCUAUCAGUCUUUUACUGCUUUGGGUACCAGUUGGUGGGCGCAUGAGGUGAGCGUGGGGUCUGAGAAGUGAUACCUGAGGGGGCUGUAGAGGCUGCUGGAGUGAGCCCACCUGCGCUAGCAGCCAGGGAGGACAUCGUCCAGAUGAGAAAUCCAUUACCCAGAUCAAAUGACAAGUUCUGCAAAGUACUUUUCAGUGUUCAUGAGAUUGGCUGACAUUCUUUCUGUUGUCAAACCUCAAAACAACAAAAGCUGUACCCAUUUUAGAAUGGCCUUGCCUAUUAAAUGGAAAUCUAUUUUGUGAUUGCUGCAAAGCCAAUGCAGACAGUUGGAAGCUGUCCAGAUGUUCAUAAGCAUGUACAGUGUAUGUUCUUUUCCAUAUAUAUGGGACCAUGGAAAGAUCAGAGGUAAUGUCAGGGGGAGCUCAGUGUAAAUGUUUCAACCCAUGUUUUGUAAAUGUUGAACAAAGGCAGUUGAUUAUGUAAUGUGCAUUUCUAAUGGAUUUCUAUUCUUGAAACUACUGGUAUAAAUAUGACUUGUACAGAUUGGAGUUAGAGUAAACCUUGACUGAAUUAUAAACAUAUUGAUUUAAAAUUGUGGUGAGAUGUGUGUUUUGUACUUAAUUACAUGAACUCAUCACCCUUACUAGGACUUAGCUGCCAACAGCAGCUCGCCAAGAUCCUCUGUGCUGGGCCAGUCUUUAAGUGCAGCCACCUUGCGUGUAGGUCCUUCCUCUCCCAGGGCGGAGGUAAUUGGGGCUUCCAUUGACGUUUCUGCAGCUCUGGGUUUUUACGGAUGGGGUUGCUAGCCUCAUGCCCAACCCUCCUCCUUUUGCAGCCAGGCUUGGGACAUUCCCAAGGCAGAGUUGUGUGUUGGGUAGAGACACAGAAUUUUUCUUUGGUUUACUUUUCUUAAUGUUUCUUUCUUAAGUAAUUUGAAGGCAUUUAAUUAAGUCACUGGGAUUGAAAGGGUUAAUGUAUGAGGAGUUUCUGAUGGCUCUGGGCCCGUACUAACUGGAAUUUAUAGGAAUGAAGAGGGAUCUCAUUGAAACUUAUCGAAUAUCGAAAGGUCUAGAUAGAGUGGAUGUGCAGAGGAUGUUUCCUGUAGUGGGGGAGUCUAGGACCAGAGGAAACAGAUAGAGUGGAUGUG